CAUUCAUAAUGGCCGUCUGACGAGAAGGAGACACACACGGCGACGACGGCGUUUUUCACACUUUUCGCUUUUCCCGGGACGAUCCAUUCAGAACGCGAAAAAUCGAUUGAAUCUCGAAAGUCGUCGUCGUCGUGCGUCUGGUUCCGAUUUGCGGACCCAUUGCGAGUCUUGCGAGUGUGUGAUUUGGGUUCUGUUUGUGUGUGCAGCCUCCCGUGGAAAGAAAGACAAGAAUUCUACUUCCGGGUCCGGGGACAGACUCCCUGCCACCGAAGAAGAAAAAAAAAUUGUUAUUCAUGUAUGUUGUUUUCUGUUCCUCCCCGGUGACGACGACGACGACGAUUGUGACCUGCUGCAGCACGACCGCCACCGGAACCGCGUACCCGACGACGCAGACGGGUUAUGCAGUAGCGACCGCGGCCACACCGGCACCAGGGACCGGCUACGAGCAGGCCUACCAGACGGCGGCCACUCCCGGAACCUACGCGACAACUGCAGCGAGUUACGAUUACGGUUACGGUCGUACGACUCAGUACGAUACGAGCAAGACGUACUACCAGCAGGCAGGAGCAACGGCCACCGGUUACACGGCGGCUCCGACGGCGUACGAUACAACGGGUGGAGCGGGAGCGGGAGGUCCCAAGGUCAUCAACUUCCAGCCGGCCAAAACAACGGCCCAGUACACGGGACAGCCGCAGGCGUACGUUCCCCAACAGCAGGGCGGCUUCUCCCAGACGGUGACCACGGUCAACAGUGCGCCAAAGUCGGCGGCAUCGGCCCAGGCCGUGAACCCAAACGCCCAGAACACGUACUCGGGCUACGACGCGGCUUUGUACAGCGCUACGACGAUGUACGUUGCUCAGCAGCAGCAAAACACCAAAACUUCCAAUGUGGUCGGUGGCCAACAAUCCGGCGGCGGUGGUGGCGGCUGGCAAGGCUACAAAAAGAACAUCCCCGGCGGAGGUAUGAUGCCGUACAAGCCACGUAACAAGCCACCACCGAAGCCGCAGCCAAUUCACUACUGCGACGUUUGCAAAAUCAGCUGCGCCGGGCCGCAAACGUACCGCGAGCAUCUCGAAGGUCAAAAGCACAAGAAGCGCGAGUUGCUGUUGAAGCAGGCAUCCGAACCCGGCACGGCCACCCCAGCCAGACCCGCCAACAGUCUGCACUGCGAGCUGUGCGACGUGACCUGCACCGGAAACGACGCCUACGCGGCCCACGUCCGUGGCGCCAAGCACCAGAAAGUGGUCAAACUGCACACCAAGCUCGGUAAGCCGAUUCCGGCCUGCGACCCGGCUCCCAACACCGAGGAGAAAAAGGACGGCGAAGUCACGGACGAACACGACGAAUCGGUCAAGCCAGUGGGCAGCGAUUACAUCGAGGAAAUCAAGGACGACGAAGGCAAACUGGUCAGCUUCAGCUGCAAACUUUGCGAGUGCAAGUUCAACGACCCGAACGCCAAGGAGAUGCACAUGAAGGGUCGCCGUCAUCGGCUCCAGUACAAGAAGAAGGUCCAACCGGAUCUGUUCGUCGACAUCAAGCCAACGCUGAAGCAGAAGAAAAUGGCCGAAGCGCGUGCCCACCGCCAAGCCAUGCAGGAAGAGUUCUGGAACCGACGCCGCAUGGCCGAAGCCGAAAUGGACGACGGUGCCGACCACGGAAUGCGCCAGUUUGGACGUCAUCCGUUCUUCGGAAUGCUCCCAGGACGCCGCCCCGAGUCGUCCGACGACCGUCACGUCGUUGCGCGCCACGCCGAGAUCUACCCCAAAGAGGAAGAACUGCAGACAAUUCAGCGCAUCGUCUCCCACACCGAACGCGCGCUGAAGCUAGUUUCGGACGUGAUGACCUCAGGUGGUAGUUCAUCAACCGCCGCCGCCGCCGCCGCUGCCACCACCCCCGCCAAGGAUGACAAGAAGGAAGGCGAAGCGGCUGCUGCCGCUGCCGCCACCACCAAGCCAGACGAUCAAAACAAGGCCGAUGCCAACCAGAUGAUCUCGUUCCAGAAGGACGCCGAAGGCGGCACCGUCCGUCUGCUCAAGGGCGUCAUGCGAGUUGGACUGCUUGCAAAGGGACUCCUCCUCCACGGUGACAACACCGUCCAGCUGGUGGUGCUGUGCGCGGAAAAGCCGACCACGACGCUGCUCAAGCGCGUCGUCACCGAGCUGCCCCUCCAGCUGAAGAAGGUCGCCGAAGAGCAAAAGUACACGGUCACGAUGGCGCCGACGGAGGGCGCGGUCGCCGUGACGGACGGCACGAUUACGGUGAAAAUAUCGCUCACGUCGCCGCUGCUGCGCGAAGAUGCAAACAGCGCGACUGCCAACGAGCAGGCCACCCAGGGCGGCGCGGAAGAUUUACUGCCACGGGAGCCCUGUCUCCAGGCACUUGCUGCUCUGCGACACGCGAAGUGGUUCCAGGCUAGAGCAACCGGACUGCAAUCGUGUGUGAUGAUUAUGCGAAUCAUGCGUGAUUUGUGCCACAGAAUUCCCAUCUGGGGACACAUUUCGCAGUGGGCAAUGGAACUGCUCACGGAGAAGAUCAUCUCGUCGGCGGGCGGUCCGCUGACCCCGGGCGAGUGCAUGCGCCGCGUGAUGGAGGCACUGGCCUCUUCGAUCCUGAUCAACGGGCCCGGACUGCUCGAUCCGUGCGAGAAGGAGCCGGAAGACGCGCUGGCGACGCUCAGCAAGCAGCAGCGCGAGGACGUGACCGUGUCGGCGCAAAUGUUCCUCCGGUUCAUCGCGUUCCGGCAGAUCCACAAGGUGCUCGGCAUGGAACCGCUGCCGCCGCCAAAGUUUGUCGGCAACCGCAACUGGCGCUUCAACCGCAAGCGCAGGCGUUCCGGAACCGAGGGAGCCGACAAUGAAGCCGAUGGCAAGAUGGUCAAGAAGGAGGACGGCAAAGGAGACAGCGGCGGCGCCAACGUGGUGGACAUGGACACCGAAAGUGGCAAGUAGACUGUAAGGAAGAGAGAGCUCUUUUGUUACACUUAGGUACUUGUCAGCUAGAAUUUUAACCACUUUAAAACAUACAUGAAACCGAUUGAGAGGAUUUUAGAGAACACACUAAACACUCAAUAAAAAAGUAUUGGAUUUAAUUAUGAUGAUGCUACAAAUAUAGUUGUCUCUCAGCGAUCAAUAAACGGAAAAAUUUGGAAGAAAAAGUCACUUUUGAUCUGAAAUAUAUCGCACUACAUGAAAAAAAAACUAAAUCAAGAAAUCAAAUUGAGAAAAAACAAAACGUAAAACUAUCAACCCUUGCCAGGAUCUUUGCAAAAUGUUCGUACCAAAAGGUAAUCCUCAACACACAGACCGUAUUAUUUCCUCCCAAUUUUAAACUAACAGGAACUAUUCAGGAAAAAGCAAAACAAAGAAAAACUAGAAGCAUUUGGCAAUCCAACUUGUUUGUUGACGGUCAAUUUAGGAGGAGGGUGGAGAAGUCUCUGAAAAAUUAUGUUCAAUCUCUUUUAUGUUCCUACUCUUCUUCGCAUUAAACCGUGAGAAAAAAAAUGAUAAAAAUAAUCUUAGUAAACUAAACUGUUUGGAAUGUGAAACACAAAAAAAAUCAUAUAAAUGUAUUUAACCUCUACUAUUUCGACAUCAAAAAAAAUAUGAUCAGCAAGAGCAAGCAAAAAUAAAAUAAAACAUACGAUUCUGAGGCUAAAGCGGGGGAAAACAUCCCCGCUGCCGAGAAUUUGUGUGAAUUGAUACAUGCACUAGAAUAAACAAUGAUAAACCAACAAACAAUAUUAAACACAUAAACUUUCAACUCGAGAAAAAACCGGGGGAAAAGUCUAUAGCGAUCCUAAAAUAGUUUCCAUCAACCAGUUUAGAUACACGAGCAACUAAUUGAACCGUAAAUUCAUGAUAGUGAGCAUGUAAUAAACAAAUUUGAAGUAUUUCUUCUUAAUGAA